AAUUGAACUGAAUUGCAUUUCUUAACUGGAGUUCGGUAUCUCCUACGCUUUUGAACUCAUCAUCCCCGCGCAUGUCUGUUUCUCAGAGGAUAAACAAACUGAGCGUGUAGCAAGCAGCAGUGAUCUGGUAAAUAAAGUCACAUUCAGGUGUGACUAUGGGGAAGUCUUUCUCCCACCUUACUAAGCAGACAGGCCACGAUGAGGGCCACGACAACCUGACCUCUCCUCUGGAGGACACCCAGACUGAGGAUGGGAAGGGCGGAGACAUCUCCCAGUUUCCUUAUGUGGAGUUCACAGGACGGGACAGUGUGACGUGUCCAACAUGUCAGGGCACCGGGAGGAUCCCCAGAGGACAAGAAAAUCAACUUGUGGCAUUGAUUCCAUACAGUGACCAAAGACUGCGGCCCAGGAGGACGAAGUUGUAUGUAUCAGUGUCAGUGGCGGUCUGCCUGUUACUGUCCAGCCUGGCCGUCUUCUUCCUCUUCCCUCGCUCCAUUGAUGUGUCCUACGUCGGGGUGAAGUCUGUGUUCGUCAGCUACGACCAAGACAAGCGCAGCGUCUAUCUCAACAUCACGAACACUCUCAAUAUCACCAACAACAACUACUACUCAGUGGAGGUGGCCAACAUCACAGCUCAGGUGCAGUUCGCCAAGACGGUGAUCGGCAAAUCUCGCAUCAGUAACACCACUGCCAUCAGUCCUCUGGACAUGAAACAGAUUGACUAUAUGGUCCCCACCACCAUCGCAGAUGAGAUGAACUAUAUGUACGACUACUGCACUCUGCAAACCAUCAAGGUCCACAACAUUGUGGUCAUGAUGCAAGUGACCGUCACCACCACGUACUUUGGUCACGCGGAGCAGGUGUCUCAGGAGAUGUACCAGUAUGUCGACUGUGGAGGGAACACCACCUCUAUCAGAGGGAUGACCAAGGCGUUGAGCAUCUCGCAUCCUGCUGAGUAACAGCCCUGGUCCCCCUCACCAGCCCUGACUCGGGCCCUGGAAGUUGGCCUUAGAUGGUUUUACUCAGUUUUCCUUUCUCCUCCACCUGCAACAAACUCCUGUUGUUACGAUACCACAGUGUUCACUCUAAUAUCAGUGCUAGAAGAAAUCCACACCAACAUAAGAAAAAGAUUUAGUUUCUUACGGAAAUGACUUGCAUUAUGCAAAGAAAAACACAAAUGGAGAUAGCUCAUCAUUAUGACUUUUCAUGUCAUACAUUUAAAGUGCUAGACAUAAUCUCAUAUUAUGAUAUCCUUAUCUCAUAGUUACAGGAAAACUACUGUUUAAUCCAAGAUGCCAAUCACAUAAUUAAGAAACAGUUUCCUGGUAACAUAGAUAUAAUGACAUAAGCUUCUUGUAAUUUUAAGGUCAUUACCUCUAAAUUACAAGAAAUGUUUUUUCUACUUACGUGAUCCACCCAUCAAUGUCUCUAUUAUGUUAUUAUUUCAGUAUAAGUAUUUAGUAUUCCAAAAAAUAUAGAAAUGUGAUACUUGGAAGAAAUAAUAAGCAGUAUUAGGAACACUACUUAUCAUUUUUGCUCUGCUAUUUGCUGCUUCUUUGUCAUGAAAAAGUGGAGGAAUUCCAAGAUUCCAAAACACUGAUGUUUAGACCACAAAGUACAAACCCCGCGUUUCUGAGAUAAAGACACUUUUAAGUGCUUAUAAAGAGAAAAUCCUAAUAAUGAAUAAUGAUGAGAAUACUUGAUAUCUCAAGAUAACCUUGUAGUUGAAUGUUGCCUCUGAAUAAUAGGCUUCCAAUGAUUAGCAACAAUGAAGUUAUGUUCCAGAGAUAACAACUGCUCUCAAAGAAUCUGUGAUAUGAUUUAGUAUGGGAUUUGAUUCUUUCCAGUGGUAUUGACACUGCGAUUAAUAGACUACACUCUUGUCUUUUAAACCUUGAUCUAUGAUUUAUGGUUUACCAGUUGUGCCCCUAAGCAAAAAAGAAAAAAACUUGACAGAGAUAAUUCACUACCUAACAAACCGUAAUGCACUUUAUUUAAAAUGCACACUUUAUUAGCGGUCCCAAGGUCUCUAAAGCCUGUUCCUCCACCGCAGUGUGUUGGGAUCAACAAAAGGUGGUGUUUAGAGAAUGCAGAUGCUGCUGUAUCUGAUUCUGAGAUUAGCUCAUGUCGUCAUAGGGUUUCUGUCUGACUGCACUGUCUGCUAUGGAUCUGUACAAUCUACUGUCUUACCUACUGUAGUAUUUGGUUGUUGGUUGCUCACUCUUGUAGUUUAUACACUGUUGUUUCUUUUUUGUCUACAACUUUGUUACAAAAUGAAGAUAGAAGUGAAAAAUCCUCUAAAUCUAUAAUUUGCUAUUUAAAGACUUAAAGGGCAUAUAUACGAAAUUGACUUGCCACUGGAUGUUGCACUAGAGUACCAGCAUCUCAGAAAGAAACAAAGCAGAACUCUAAAACUCUUUGGUCUUUCCAACAAUCACCAACGCUGGUUUGGUUGAAAUCAACCCUCAAUUAACCACUAUUCAUAAGAAAGGGUUGCUGUGGCUGCAACAUAAGCUAAUUUUAAUCCUUGAGGACAAAUGCGCCCAUCAGAAUUUCAUUUCAGUGGAAUCUCCACAAGCAUUAGAUUUGCUAAUGAGGGCAAAGUAAGUAAAUAUUUGUUCAGUACUCAUCUUUUAAGUGAAUUGAUAGCUGGGGAGUUACUUGUUGCACUUGUUUAGAUGAUUGAUUCAUCGGUCUGUCCAUAAUCCAAACAUGACAACUUAGUAGUAGACUUCUUUUUUUUUAUCAACAUUUCUUGAAUGCAUCAUUAGACCACUUUCCCUAUCCUGCUGAUAGGUGUUUUAUUGAAGUAUUUUGGGGCAUCCUGUGAUUGAAUGGCCAUUACAGCUUUACAUGUUGAAUUGCGUAUUAUGCAUACUAACUACAACCUGUGUUUAGGCCUGUCGCAAUAAUUGCAUUACCGACUUAUGGUUCCAUAUAUGGACACGAGGAGGUGGAUGCACACACACGCGCACACACACACUCACUCACACUGACGUUUUCUUUCACUCUUACACUACAGGUGUGUGUGGUCAAGCUCCAAUAUGAGCCCAUACAGUACAUUAUUAUACUAUUAUAUGAUCAUUAUAUAUCGUUCAGCAAAAGAAGUUAUGGUGACAGGUCUACUUGUGUUGGUCUCCUCCUAGAAAUGAUGAUGAUGAUGAUGAUGAUGAUGAUGAAUCAGUUUUUCUACCUUAUAUAAAUGAAAAUACCGAUAUUUUCUCCAACAUUCCAUCUAAUUUAUUUUGUUGAUUAAAAAGUCGUAUAUUUUUUCAUCUUUGACCGAAUGUUGUCGAGUUGUGUACCAGACCUAUUUUGAAUUUCAAUAACAUUUGGCAUAUCUAAAAUUGUGUAUGAUUUAUAUCAACAUCCUGUAAAUACUUAGAAAUGAUCUUAAUAAUAUCUUCAUACAGACUUUGAUAAACUACAGCUGUAACAUUUGUACCGAGUGGGAUUUGAAGAAAAGCACAUUUAUGAUUAGUUCUUUUAAUUCUAACCUUAUUAACAUUUAACAUUUGAAAAGCUGUUUUAGACGCCUCUAAUUUAGACUACCUCUAAUGUCACUAAACAUUUUGUUUGUCAUUAUUCAUAGUGACUGUUUCUUGUGGGAGCAUGAAUAAAGUUUUAAAACAUGA